AUGGGGAAUGGACAUCGUUGGCCCAUUCCCACCAGCCAAAGGUGGAGUGAAGUUCUUAUUAGUGGCCAUAGACUACUGGGCAAGCAAGUCAUUGACUUCGUUUGGGAAAACAUCAUUUGUCGCUAUGGAUUACUGGGAGUGCUUGUCACCGAUAAUGGAAAGCAAUUCGCUGAAAAGCCUUUCAGCAUUUGGUGCAAAGAAUUCAGAAUAGCUCAGGCUUUCAGCUUAGUGGCAUAUCCACAAUCAAACGGUCAGGUUGAAAGGAUGAAUCGAAGCAUAGUUGAAGGAAUCAAAGCCAGAUUGGGAAGGCAUGAAAGUAAUUGGCUUGAAGAAUUGUCAAGUGUUCUAUGGGCCACAAGAACAACCGAAAAAGCAAGCCACAAAAGAACACCUUACAGCUUAGUGUUUGGAUCUGAAGCCGUGAUUCCAGCUGAAGUAGGAGUUGUAAAAGGAACGGUCAACAUGGAUCCCGAACCAAACCGCAAAGAGACCAUGUUGAACUUACAACUCAUAGAGAAGCACGAGACCAAGCUGCAAUCCAAGAAGCCAAGUACAAACAAAUGA